CAAGGAAAGUACGAUGAAUCAGAGGCCAUGAAUCGGCGCGCAUUGGAGGGGUAUGAGAAAGUUCUUGGACCAGACCACCCCAGCACCUUAACAAGUGUCAACAUCCGGGCUAGGUUGCUAGAAAUCCAAGGAAAGUACGACGAAUCAGAGAUGAUGAACCGACGUGCAUUGGAGGGGCGUGACAAGGUUCUCGGACCAGACCACCCAGACACCCUAACAAGCCUUAGCAGCCUGGCUAUUACGCUGGAAUCCCAAGGAAAGUUCGCUGAAUCAGAGACAAUGAAGCGGCGUGCAUUUGAAGGACGCGAGAGGGUCCUUGGACCAGACCACCCCGACACCCUAUCAAGCCUUAAUAACCUCGCGAUCGCGCUGCAGUACCAAGGAAAGUACGGCGAAUCGCAGACGAUGCACCAGCGUGCACUUGAGGGACGCGAGAAGGUACUCGGACCAGAUCACCCGGAUACCCUAUCAAGCCUUAAUAACAUCGCGAUCGCGCUGCACUACCAAGGAAAGUACGGCGAAUCGGAGACGAUGCUCCAGCGUACACUUGAGCGACGCGAGAACGUACUCGGACCUGAUCACCCCUACACCCUAACAAGCCUUAGCAACCUGGCUGUUAUGCUGGAAUACCAAGGAAAGUAUGGUGAAUCAGCGACAAUGGAUCGGCGUGCACUUGAGGGGCGUGAGAAGGUCCUUGGACUAGACCACCCCGACACCCUAACAAGCCUCAACAACCUGGCUAUCACACUGCGGUACCAAGAAAAGUACGAUGAGUCAGAGACAAUGUAUCGGCGUGCACUUGAGGGACGCGAUAAGGUACUCGGACCAGAUCACCCUGACACCCUAUCAAGCCUUAGAGACCUG